GGAUUGCAGUGCAGGCCGGGCCACUCCAUGGACGGGGGCGACUCAACGGCGGCGGCGUUGAGCGGCGGCUGCCGCUCGAGCUCGGCGAAUGCGGAACUCUGUAGAGCGGCGCGUGCGACAGGUACGACCGCACCCCUCGUCGGUCUCGUCGCUCUGCGCCCGCCGGUGCUACGGCCUGAUCUGCCCAUCGAAACGCACCCCUCUCCCCUCGUCGGCGUCGGCUUUAGAUCGAUCACUAGCAUAAGACAGCCUCAUGUGCCUAUCCCAAUCCUUGAGCAAUUGACUCAGUCUUUCUUAUGCACAUGAUUGGCUCAGUGUUAAACUUAAUUAGCCUCACCGAGUGAAGACCAAUUCAAGGCCGCCCUUGAGCCGUAGCAACCAAACCACCCAUUUGUUUAAUUCUUGUCAUCUUGCCAUCAGCACAUAAACAAAACCCUCUAUGGGUUUAUUCCAUUGUGUUGGUUGUUCCACAUGUCACUUUCCUCUAUAUUUACAAUAUGCCCUCUACUCCCUCAUUUUGUUCCUACGCCCCUUUCUACUACCAACUGCUACACCCAGUUCCUGUCCUGCUCUUUCUCAAUCUUUCUCCUUGUUAUGGUCUAUUUGCUGUUCAUCCAGCGCUUGCCACUCUAAUUUCCUCUUGUCCAAAGCAAAAAGGUUGUUGCUUUGCUGGCGUACUACUAGUUUUCCAUUUUCUGUGGCCUCUCAUCAGUCAGCAAUUCAGCACCUGAUACUGCUAGUAUUCAGCUCCUUGCAUAAACUUGCUGCGGGGAAAUGUCCAAGACUGAGAGCAGAAAGCUGUCCGAUGACUAUGAAGUUGCUGAUGUCCUUGGCCGAGGAGGGUUCUCGAUUGUGAGGAAGGGUGUGAGCAAGUCGGGAGGGAAGACCCAGGUUGCCAUAAAGACCUUGCGCAGGCUUGGCCCGGCCAUGAUGGGGGCCUCACAGCAAGGGUCAAAGAGUAGCCUUCCAAUGUGGAAGCAGGUAUCCAUCUCCGAUGCUCUGCUCACCAACGAGAUUCUCGUUAUGAGGAGGAUAGUGGAGAGCGUCGCGCCACAUCCCAACGUCAUCGGCCUGCAUGACGUGUAUGAGGACGCGCAUGGCGUGCACCUGAUCCUCGAGCUCUGCUCUGGUGGUGAGCUGUUUGAUAGGAUCGUUGGUCGCGCCCGGUACUCGGAGUUUGAUGCCGCCGCUGUCGUUCGCCAGAUUGCUAGGGGGCUGGAGGCUCUUCAUAAGGCAAACAUCAUACACAGGGACUUGAAGCCAGAGAACUGCUUGUUCUCUGAAAAGAAUGAAGAUUCCACGCUGAAGAUCAUGGAUUUUGGUUUGAGUUCUGUUGAAGAUUUUAGUGACCCGAUUGUGACUCUGUUUGGGUCUAUAGAUUAUGUUUCACCAGAAGCGCUCUCAAGGCAGGAUGUUUCGGCUGCAAGUGAUAUGUGGUCUGUUGGGGUCAUUUUGUAUAUCCUUUUAUCUGGAUGCCCACCAUUUCAUGCUGCAACCAAUCGAGAAAAGCAGCAAAGGAUCCUGCAAGGCGAAUUCAGUUUUCAGGAUCAUACAUGGAAAACUAUAUCUUCAUCAGCUAAAGAUCUGAUUUCCAGUCUUCUUUCUGUUGAACCUUACAAGAGGCCAACAGCAAGUGAUCUUCUGCGGCACCCUUGGGUGAUAGGAGACUGCGCAAAGCAAGAUCUCAUGGAUGCAGAGGUCGUCUCAAAACUGCAGAAGUUCAAUGCUAGAAGGAAAUUGCGGGCAGCAGCCAUUGCCAGUGUCCUUAGCAGCAAGGUGGCAUUGAGGACAAAAAGGCUGAGGAACCUUUUAGGAACCCAUGACCUUAGCUCAGAAGAGCUAGACAAUCUGCGGGUUAAUUUUGCACGAAUAUGCGCUGACGGAGAGAACGCCACACUGGCAGAGUUUGAGCAGGUUCUAAAGGCGAUGAAAAUGGACCCUCUGAUCCCUCUAGCCCCACGCGUGUUUGACCUGUUUGACAACAACCGUGAUGGCACAGUCGACAUGAGGGAGAUCCUUUGUGGACUAUCUAGCCUGAGGAACUCUCGCGGCGGCGACGCACUCCAGCUCUGCUUCCAGAUGUAUGAUGCCGACCGGUCAGGCUGCAUCAGCAAGGAAGAGCUGGCGGCGAUGCUGAGAGCGCUGCCAGAGGAGUGCCUCCCCACUGACAUCACGGAGCCUGGGAAGCUGGAUGAGAUAUUCGACGAGAUGGAUGCCAAUGGUGAUGGCAAGGUGACCUUGGAUGAGUUCAAGGCCGCGAUGCAGAAGGACAGCUCCCUCCAGGACGUUGUCCUCUCCUCCCUACGGCCGGGGCAGUAGAGCGACACUGUAAUCUGUCAUUAGCCAGCCUCCUGCUGAGAACGUGCUUUUACUUCUUUCUUCGUCUUUUUCGAUUGUAUCAGGUCAAGUAGUUUUGAUGAAAAGGGGAGGGAGGGAGUAAUAGAUUGAGAUAAACUACUAUCAAUGAACAGAACAGAGAUGAUGCAAAACGUCUUGCUACUUCUUUUUUACAUGUUUGCCAUAAAGGCGCAUGCGGAAUGCAUCAUCAGAACAAUGCUUUGGUUUGGGUAGGCA